UCUCAUUUAUUAUUGAUUCUGCAGCUGUCCAACUCAAAGAGUUCCCAAGGUGGUUUACAGAGCAAAAGGGCUGGGACGAUGGUUCCCUGCCCCAAAGAGGCUCCCAAUUGAAAAAGCAGCCCAGAGGAGACCCCAGCAAAAGCCACUGGAGGAUGUUCUGCUGGGCUGAAGAGGGUUACAAGAGAGAUGCUUGCUGAAUGAGAAGCCUGCAGGAAGAAUGCAACCACCAGCUACCAGGUGAUAUCCCGAUCCGUCCCCAUCACAGCAUCCCUCCAGUGGCUGUUGCAGGUCGAGGAAGGCAACUGAGAGGACUUUUCCUGAGCCCCAAAUCCUGGAGCCUGACUGUGCUUGUUCCUGCUCCUGAGCAAUUACUUGAUCGUCUAUAGAGGAAAAUCACCUUUUGAACAACUGAGAGGACACAAAGCUACCACCAAACUUACCCAGUGGCAACAACUGAUAGAGCUUUCCGUGCCAUCUCACCCUGAGGAUGCAGAGAUUCCUGAUCGGGAAAGGGCCUCCCUCCACGCCUUCCCAACUCUGCAAGGUUUGCAACAAAGUUGUCCAUUUGCUGGCUGAAGAUCCUCUCCCGUCCUGAAGAGAUGCAAAGUGCCGGCUGCUAUCAUGACUGAUGGCGAGAGGAGAGAGCCCUUCCAGCCACUGGCGAGCGACGAGGUACGGGUCCCGAUAGCCUCCGGCACAGUCCCCAGCCAGGCACCCCAGCCCGGGGAGGAGCAAGAUGAAGAUGCGCUCAGCGCUUGUAGAUCCAUCCAGGACAGUCUGGCCUCGGCGGGAUCGUCCACCCAAGAUCCAGCCCACGAGGGAGAGAACCAGGUCCCUUACCCUUCCCUGGCCUCCACAGUCUUCUUCUGCCUUGACCAGACCACCCGGCCACGCAGCUGGUGCCUCAAACUGGUCUGUAACCCCUGGUUUGAGCAUGUCAGCAUGCUGGUCAUCCUUCUGAACUGUGUCACCCUUGGGAUGUUCCAACCGUGUCAAGAUGACGAGUGCGAUUCGGAGAGGUGCACUAUCUUGGAGGCAUUUGAUCACUUUAUCUUUGCCUUCUUUGCUGUGGAGAUGGUAAUCAAGAUGAUUGCUCUGGGAAUCUUUGGACAGAAGUGUUACCUAGGAGACACCUGGAAUCGCCUGGACUUCUUCAUUGUGGUUGCCGGGAUGAUGGAAUAUUCUUUGGAUGGACACAACGUCAGCUUAUCUGCCAUCCGUACGGUCCGAGUUCUCAGGCCUUUACGAGCCAUUAACAGGGUGCCAAGUAUGCGCAUACUGGUCACCCUGCUGUUAGAUACUCUGCCUAUGUUAGGCAACGUUCUUCUCUUGUGCUUCUUUGUCUUUUUCAUCUUUGGGAUCGUGGGUGUCCAGCUCUGGGCCGGGCUGCUGAGGAACAGAUGUUUCCUAGACACCAACCUUCAAAUGACAUACAACCUGACUUUCCUGCACCCGUACUAUCGCACGGAGGAAGGGGAGGAGAAUCCAUUCAUCUGCUCGUCCCACCGGGAUAAUGGCAUGCAGAAAUGUUCCAGCAUCCCAAACAGGAAGGAGUACAAGGUGGAAUGUACUUUGAGCAUGGACUCCUACAACCAAAACUCAUAUACUCUGGACUUCAGCCACCGGAACGCCUGCAUAAACUGGAACCAGUAUUACAACAUUUGCAGGACGGGGGAUCUAAACCCGCACAAUGGAGCUAUUAAUUUUGAUAAUAUUGGCUAUGCUUGGAUAGCUAUUUUUCAGGUUAUAACCCUGGAAGGAUGGGUUGACAUCAUGUAUUAUGUCAUGGAUGCGCACUCUUUUUACAAUUUUAUAUAUUUUAUACUACUUAUAAUAGUUGGUUCUUUCUUCAUGAUUAACUUGUGCCUGGUUGUGAUAGCAACACAGUUUUCUGAAACAAAACAGCGGGAGAACCAGCUAAUGAAGGAGCAGCGGGCUCGCUACCUCUCGAACGACAGCACAAUCGCCAGCUUCUCCGAACCGGGAAGCUGCUAUGAUGAACUCCUCAAAUACAUCUGCCACAUUUUCAGGAAAGUUAAACGGCGGACUUUGCGCCUCUACAACAACUGGCAGAGCAAACGGCGGAAAAAGGUCGACCCCAACAGCAGCGACAAUGGCCAAGGCCGCCGGACCAAAAAGCGGAUUACCUCCAUCCACCACCUGAUCCACCACCAUCACCACCAUCACCACCACCACUACCAUCUCAGCAACGGGAGCCCCCAAGGGCCACGCUCCAACCCUGAGAUCUGUGAUCUAGAGCUGAAGGUUAUCAAGCCGGGGAGCCAACUCAUGCUGCCUCCGUCGUCCCCCAACCUCCGGGCCGCCCCAGCGGCGGAUUCGGAGUCUGUCCAUAGCAUUUAUCAUGCCGACUGCCACGUGGAAGGGGCCCAGAUGAAAUGCAAGUCUUCCAACGUCACGGCGAGUAUCAAGCUUACCAAUCACGGCAACAUGAACUACCCGACCAUCAUGCCUUCCCCAGCCAACAAAGCCAGCAUCACCCCAGUGUCCAAAGGGAAGAAAAAUGAUAGCGAAAGUGGAGGUGGGUCUCCUGUGGCCGUGGUUAACAGCCCAGCACAUCUGAACGUGGAUUCCUAUGGAAAGCUCCAUCAUUUAGUUGGAGAACACGGUCUUUGCCGGACAGCCAGCAGACUCUCUGGCUUGAACAUGCCAUGCCCACUGCCCAGCCCACAAGCCAGCAUGCUGAGCUGCGAGCUCCAGAACUGCCCCUACUGUGCCAGCAUCCUAGAGGACCCUGAGUUCGAGUUCAGCGAGUCAGAUAGCUAUGAGUCUGGUGAAGACAACAAUGGGGUUUAUGAGUUUACGCAGGACGUGAGACAUGGGGACCAAAGAGACCAGAUCCAGCAGCAGAGGAACAAGAAGAAGAAGAAGAAGAAGAAGAAGAAACCCAAGGAGGGGAAUAAAGUCACCAGACUCUGGAGGGCCUUUGGCAACAAGCUGAAGUGGAUUGUGGAGAGCAAGUAUUUCAACCGGGGGAUUAUGAUCGCCAUCCUCAUCAACACACUGAGCAUGGGCAUCGAGUAUCACGAACAGCCAGAUGAGUUAACCAAUGCUCUGGAGAUCAGCAACAUUGUCUUCACUAGCAUGUUUGCCCUGGAGAUGCUGCUCAAACUGCUUGCCUUUGGCAUCUGGGGUUACAUCAAGAACCCGUACAACAUUUUUGAUGGCAUCAUUGUGGUGAUCAGUGUCUGGGAGAUCAUUGGCCAGUCAGACGGUGGCCUUUCUGUGUUGAGAACGUUCCGGCUUCUCAGGGUCCUCAAGCUAGUACGGUUCAUGCCAGCGCUCCGGCGGCAGCUGGUAGUCCUGAUGAAGACCAUGGACAACGUGGCCACCUUCUGCAUGCUGCUCAUGCUCUUCAUAUUCAUCUUCAGCAUUCUCGGGAUGCAUCUUUUUGGAUGCAAGUUUGGCUUGAAAACGGACUCGGGGGACACGGUGCCAGACAGAAAGAACUUUGAUUCCUUGCUGUGGGCAAUUGUGACUGUGUUUCAGAUCCUCACUCAAGAGGACUGGAACGUGGUUCUCUACAACGGGAUGGCCUCCACUUCUUCCUGGGCAGCCCUCUACUUCGUCGCUCUGAUGACUUUCGGCAACUAUGUUCUCUUCAACCUCCUGGUCGCCAUCCUGGUGGAGGGGUUCCAAGCUGAGGGUGAUGCCAACAGGUCUGAUACAGAUGAGGACAAAACAUCCAUCAACUUUGAGGAGGAUUUUGAGAAGCUGAAAGAACUUCGUGCUUCUGAGAUGAAGCUGUACUCUCUUGCGGUCACUCCCAAUGGCCACCUGGAGGGCAAGGGAAGCAUGCCCCCACCUAUCAUCAUGCGCACUGCUGCCACACCCAUGCCCACCCCAAGGUGUUCCCCACACAUGGAUUCUGUCCACCCCUUUGUGGACUCCAGACGAGGAAGCAACGCUUCGAUCGAUCCGCUGAGCUUCGACCAAAAGUCCUUGUCCAGCCUCCGCAGCUCCCCCUGUGCAAACUGGGGCACCAGCAGCAACUGGGGGAGCCGCCGUUCGAGCUGGAACAGCCUGGGACGGGCGCCGAGCCUCAAGAAGAAGAACCAGUCUGGGGAGCGGGAGUCCCUGCUUUCUGGGGAAGGCAAAGGCAGCACGGACGAUGAAGCGGAGGACGCCAAGCUCAGCGCCGUCAGCCGGCCACCUUUUCACCGGCGGGCAGAGUCCCUGGAUUGCCGCGGGGCCUUGGAGCUGCCGGAACUGCUCCAGGUGCCUGGUGUGCGCCACUCUCUGAGUGUCAGUCCCGUGGCCAUGGUGCCUACCGAGUACCAGGACUGCAACGGCAAGAUGGUGCAUGUGCCCAGUGAGUUCUAUCUGCGCAUGGACGGCCACAAGGACGACCCACUUGACUACGAUGACGACAUGGAGGAUAACUACUGCUACCGGAUUCGCAAAGCCCUGGAGCCCUACAAGCCGGAGUGGUGCAAGACGCACGAAGCCUGGUCGCUCUAUUUGUUCUCCCCUCAGAAUCGGCUCCGUGCCACAUGCCAGAGGGUUAUAGCGCACAAGAUGUUUGACCACGUGGUUCUCGUCUUCAUCUUCCUCAAUUGCAUAACCAUUGCAUUGGAGAGGCCGGAUAUCGACCCCAACAGCACGGAGCGGAUUUUCUUGAGCGUAUCCAACUACAUCUUCACUGCCAUCUUUGUUGCUGAGAUGUUGGUCAAGGUGGUGGCCCUCGGCUUCUUCUCCGGGGAAAACACCUAUCUCCAGAGCAGCUGGAAUGUCCUGGAUGGAGUCCUGGUCUUUGUCUCUAUCAUUGACAUCGUUGUUUCCAUGGCCUCGGCAGGCGGAGCAAAGAUCUUGGGGAUCCUUCGAGUGCUUCGUUUGCUGCGCACCUUAAGGCCUUUAAGAGUCAUCAGCAGAGCGCCAGGGCUUAAACUUGUUGUGGAGACCCUCAUUUCCUCUCUCAGGCCGAUCGGCAACAUCGUGCUCAUCUGCUGCGCUUUCUUCAUCAUCUUUGGCAUCCUGGGAGUGCAGCUCUUUAAAGGCAAAUUCUACUACUGUGAAGGGCCCGAUAUCCGAAAUGUCUCCACCAAAACCGACUGCACCAACGCUCACCACAAGUGGGUCCGGCGGAAGUACAAUUUUGACAACUUGGGGCAGGCUCUGAUGUCUCUGUUCGUCCUCUCCUCCAAAGAUGGCUGGGUGAACAUCAUGUAUGAUGGACUGGACGCCGUGGGCAUCGACCAGCAGCCCAGCCAGAACCACAACCCCUGGAUGCUCCUCUACUUCAUCUCCUUCCUCCUCAUCGUCAGCUUCUUCGUGCUCAACAUGUUCGUCGGGGUGGUGGUGGAGAAUUUCCACAAGUGCCGGCAGCACCAGGAGGCCGAGGAGGCCCGGCGGCGGGAGGAGAAGCGCCUGCGGCGGCUGGAGAAAAAGCGCAGGAGUAAGGAGAUAUACAUGUCUGAAGCCCAACGGCGUCCAUACUACGCAGAUUACUCGCCUGUUCGGAGAUACAUCCACACGCUCUGCACCAGCCACUAUCUGGAUCUCUUCAUCACCUUUAUCAUUGGUGUCAAUGUCAUCACUAUGUCAAUGGAACACUUCAACCAACCCAAGUCGCUGGAUGAAGCAUUAAAGUACUGCAACUACGUGUUCACCAUCGUGUUCGUAUUUGAAGCCGUGUUGAAGCUGGUAGCAUUUGGAUUCCGGAGAUUCUUUAAAGACAGAUGGAACCAGCUGGAUCUCGCCAUUGUUCUCCUGUCAAUCAUGGGCAUCACCCUGGAGGAAAUUGAAAUGAAUGCUGCGCUCCCCAUUAAUCCCACCAUAAUCCGCAUCAUGAGGGUGCUCCGAAUUGCAAGAGUCCUGAAGCUGCUCAAAAUGGCCACAGGAAUGCGAGCAUUGUUGGACACGGUGGUUCAAGCUCUCCCCCAGGUAGGAAACCUUGGCCUGCUUUUCAUGCUCCUGUUUUUCAUCUAUGCUGCCCUGGGAGUUGAAUUAUUUGGAAAACUUGACUGCAGCGAGGAUAACCCUUGCGAAGGCCUGAGCCGGCACGCGACCUUCAACAACUUCGGCAUGGCCUUCCUCACCCUCUUCAGGGUGUCAACCGGGGACAACUGGAACGGGAUCAUGAAGGACACCCUCCGGGAAUGCCACCGGGAUGACAAGCACUGCCUGAGCUACCUGCCCGUUAUUUCCCCCGUCUACUUUGUCACCUUCGUCCUCAUUGCCCAGUUCGUGCUGGUCAACGUGGUGGUGGCCGUCCUGAUGAAACACUUAGAGGAGAGCAACAAGGAGGCCAAGGAGGAUGCCGAGAUGGAUGCCGAGAUUGAGCUGGAGAUGUCCAGGGGGGUCAACACCCCAGUGAGGGCCCCGGAUGGCAGCCAGGCGGCGUCCAAGGCAGGCUCCCCUCUGCUUGUGCAGCAUCGGGCACUGGAGGCUCUGAAUUAUGAGGAUGUGUCUCUAGCCAUCCCCAACUUAGAUCUGCUGGAGAGAGGGGAGGAUCCCUUGAUGGCGUAUGCAUCCUUCCGCUCUUCUCCUCGCCACCACCUCCCGACUCCUUCCCACAGAGCUGCAGGCGGAGAGGCCGAGGAAGCUGCUGCGAGCUUUGGGGCUCAGAGGGAACCCCAGAACCUCCUUACAGUCCGUAAGAUCUCCGUGGCUAGGAUGCAUUCCUUGCCCAACGACAGCUACAUGUUCCGCCCUGUGAUGCCGGCCAAAGCCCCCUUCCCACUCCAUGAAGUGGAGCUGGAGACCUACUCAUAUAAGUCGCCAAGAGGGUCCAUCACCUCUGUUCGCUCCCAGCCUGUGGGGACUUGCUCCUCUCUGAGGGUGCCACGCGAGGCCCUUCAUCCAACCACCCCACCUCCCCGUCAUGACCACAGGGACCUCUGGAAGCUCCUGCCCCCACACGCUGCCUCGCGCUCCCCCAGCCUCCACAGGCUGCUGUGCAGACAGGAGGCCAUUCAGAGAGACACUUUGGAGGCCCCAAAUGCAGAUCCUAAAGACCGAGGGCAAACUGAGGCCUGCGAGAACUUGCCCCCACCAAAGAAGCUGUGUCAGAGCAUCUUGGGCCCGCCUCUGCUGCACCCCACACCCUCGUCUCUCCCCGGGACACCUCCUCUUCCCCAUGCUUCACCCCACAGGCCCUCCAGCGUCUGCACCCAUAAGCACACCUUCAGCCAACACAGUAUUCCCAGCAGGCCUUCCAGUUGCAACAGCGACCCAGACAGCUCUCUUUUUGAGUCCUCGGACCUGGCCGAUGAAGAGGUCAGCCACAUCAACAGCUCUGUAAGAAACUGGGCAGAGCAGCUGGAGAGCGGAGACCCCUCCGACUCUCCAUUCUCCUCUCCCGCCCUGUCACCCGCCCCCCUCAAGAACUGUAGCACAACCAGCCUAUCGGGGGGCAUCAGCAAAGAGAAAGACCUGAAGAAGUUCUACAGUGUGGACACACGAGGAUUCUUGGCCAAGCCAGGCUGGGCGGAUGACCAACGAAGGCACUCCAUCGAGAUCUGUCCAUCCAUCGACGAUAGAGAGUGUCGCUUCAUCGAGUCACCGGAGGAGAAGAAGAGGCUUCCCCUCCACAUGCCGCUGGAGGCUGAGUAUAUCCGUGGCAUACGGCGGAAGAAGAAGAUGAGCCCACCUUGCAUUUCUAUAGAUCCUCCCAUGGAGGAAGAAGGCAAUGCGUCGGCACGUACCAAAGCAUCUGAGAACAGCCUGCUGAGGAGAAGGACCCCCUCGUGUGAAUCCACUGCCUACAGGGACUCCUUGGAGCUGACUGAGAGCCAGCCAGGAGACCUGGCCUCCAAGGCCGAACGCCGGGCCCUGCCCGCCUGCCGAGGUGAGCAUCUGACAAUCCCCAACUUCUCCUUUGAGUCGUCUGACCCUGGCUCCACGAGCAACCUCUCGGACCGCCUUUUGGAGGGUGGCCAGGCCGCACCCCUCUCUACAGAUUCCCGGCCCGACGACGCCUCACCGCUAGAAAUGAAAAGGGUGGACCAUUUAAAAACUCAGUGUGGCAACCCUGAGGAGAACGAAGAGCUUUCGGGUGGGACCAAGAGCCCCCUGCAGAAGCACGGACUGGUCCCCGUGAUCACAGCGACAGACGAAGACCUUGACAAACCAGUAUAGCUUUCGAGGGGGGAGGUUGAGAGUGAACUUAAGGGCUUUGCCACCACUACAGUGGCUUUGAAGACGUGGACAAUGAAUGAAAAGUCACAGCUCCGUGACCGACGCUUAUCCCAAAAUACUUGUCUCUUUUAAGCGCUGUGAAGGUUGCUUUCUUGUUCAAUUAUUAUUUUUAAAUUAAAGAGAAGCUGGUUUUAAGCAGCAACAAGGUUCAGGGUAAGGAAAGGAGAUAGUAUUUUCUUUUUUUCCUUUCUAAGCGGUACACGGAGUAGCUUUUCCGACUUUUCUUUUCCUCCCCCUCUCCCCCCCCCGGCGUGGCCUCGAUCACAUUGAUUUGGGUUUCGGGCUGUUAUUUUAUCUUUUUUAAAGAAAAAAAUAGGAUUUAAAAAAACAAAAAAACCUUUUUUGACUUUUUCGAAACGGCACCUUUUAUUAUUGCACGGAAGUUGUCACGGGAAGUAGAAGAGCCCAGGGAAUGAUGCGAGUUGUAUAUUGUUGUCUGUAUAUCAGCAGCUAUUAUAAAUAGAAAAAUAAUGUAUUUGAGAAAUAAAAAGAAAAACACACACAUAAACAAGAGCCACACACAACACAUGCAAACACAUCUCUUCAUAAUGCACAUGGUUUUUAGAAAGAACAAUGGACCCAAUCCAGCUAGAAUUAGUCACAUCUAAGUCCCAUUGAAACUGAUGGAAGAUGCUGGGAUUCACUUUAAUCCUGUUGCCUUCCACGGGACUCGCACCCUAAUCUUUAUUCUUCACUUUUAUAUCCCACCUUCUGUCCAAGGAGCUCGGGGUGGCCUACAUUGUGUGGGGCUAUUUCCUUUUAUGCUCACAGCAACCCUGCGAGGCAAGUUACCCUGAGAUGGGCAGCUGGUGCCUUGGUUUGCCAAGGAGCUGCACAGCCUCAGGCGGGAUUUGAACUCAGGCUUUCGUGAUCCAAAUCCCUAACAACUGCACCACACUGCCUCUCAAGUUUCUGUAUAAGAAUUUAGACCCAAUGGCCCUGAUCUGACUAGAGUUACUCACACAUAACUUUCAUCUGAACCAACCAACCAGUUGCAUUGUAAUCAAUCUUGGCUGCAUUAGGCCCACUUAGUGAGUUUGUCUGGCUUAUUUCCUAGGAAUCGUAUUUAGAAUGGGAGUCUACUAACUAUAGCUGGAUUGGGGCCUAGUCCCCCACCAUCACCACCACCCUUUAGCAGACUUUCAUUUUUUUGUUUUUUGCAUCAAUAUCAGAUUCUCAGCUAGGUGGUGAGUUGUUAGAUUCCAAGUGGAAGCUUAAGGAUGUUGCUGUCUGUCCCCUCCUUUCUUUCCCCCACCCUCUUCCCUUGACAACCCACCCUUGGCUUCAGUUCUGAGCUAAUGUUUUGUUGUGUCUUUCUGGGUCCCACCUUUUGCUGCAAUUCUUUAUUUGAUGUCCUCGAUACAGGAAAUGAUGGAAACCAAAAUCACUACUGAAUUGUAGCGAGUGCAAUAACAAUAAGUUAUUCAUGCAUCCAUUCUUAUUGGUACGGUUCUGUCCUUUUUGUUCUACAUAUAUCCAAGUGAUGUUGUUUCUUUUCCCCUUUGUUUUCUUAUGGAAUUCAGGUUAAAUGUUGCAAUAAUCUGAACUUAACGUGCACAAAGAGGGCUGAAGGUGAGGAAGGUGAUUUCCGACAUUGACGGGAAAAACAACAACAAAUAAAUAGUAAAUUAUUUAAGAAA